UUUAUACAAAUCAACUGCUGCACCCAUACUGCGAAAUGACUGACAUUGUGUUAGUAUGAGUAUUUUGAUUUAGUACGAAAGAUCAAGCGAAAAUUACUCAUCCUCACUCAGCGUUGAUUUGCUGUGUUCCUUCGACUGUUCCAAAGCCUGCAACAUCGAAUUUGUGCAUUUUUAAAGCACUGAGCUCAGUGAGGUGAAUGUUGAAAGUUUGUUUGAAUGGAUAUGUCUGGACAGGCCGGUCUGAUGCCAUCUUAUUUCACUUAUGUUAGUCAAAUGAAUUAUCAGGAAGAUGAUUUUGAUGCAAAGAUACUGAAAGCAGUGAAAAAAGAAAUGUCAACAGACAAUGAGUUAACACCAAGUGCAGCUCCAAUUGUCGCCAGCACUGUAACUCUGGAGACUAUUCAAGAUGUUCUUCAUACCCAAGGAUAUGGCGACAUUGAAGCCCCUGAACAAGAAUCACAAUAUGGUCCAUUUGAAGAUACUCGGUUUGAUCAAGUUGUAGAUGUUCAAACUAAUGGAGACCGCUUAAUAAGUGAAGAAGAUGAGAUAAAUUUUAUGCAUCUCCCAGAUUUUGGAGUAAUUCCCAACUCUGAUCCAUCGUCACUUGAGAUGGAUUUGUUGAAUUAUGACUCUGGAAUUGAAGCUGAGAUAGAAGAAAAUAAAGCUCGAACCCCAAGAAAGCGUUCCAAAACCAAACAGAAACGAGUGAACCGUCUGCAGGUCGACAACAUAACAGACAAUGCUGAAGAGUCGGAAGAAGCCACAGUUUCAAAAUUCCAUUGCCAAGUAUUUGUGGGAAUUUUUACAAAGUUUACUCGGCUGUAA